ACAAUGACAGCUGCGUUAAAAGUAUGCGUUUUUCAUCGAACGCACGUCUUGCGUACGUUUACAGCGUCGAGUCGAACCUGCGUUUGUUCAUUUCCGACAAGCUGACGGUCUCUUUUCCGUCAUUGGUCUCGAAGUAGACACACUUGAUCGAAAUGGCGUCCCACAAAACGUUCCGUAUCAAGCAAAAGCUUGCCAAGAAGCUGAAGCAAAACAGACCCAUUCCGCAAUGGAUUCGUAUGCGCACGGGUAACACCAUCCGGUACAACGCCAAGCGCCGUCACUGGAGACGCACCAAGCUGAAGCUGUAAGCGG